UACAAAUCCGCUGGUGCUCCAAUGCGGGCUGUUGCUUACCAUACAGCUACCUGAUAUCAGGCUCUGGAUUGCAAGGACAGAUCUCUGAUAUGUCUCUUCAACUAUUUGCAUUGGACCACUUCAUGAUAGCGUAUGACAUCAAAUCUGAGAGGGCUUUACUCAACAUGACAGUUACUAGCGGACUAGACGGUGAAAAAAGCAUAGAAACUGUCUACAUUGACAGCAAAAAGAAAAAGGAAUACGCGAUCGUUGACAACAAAACAUGUAUUGAAAUGCCUGAAAUGGUACGUGUACCAGCAGUGAGCAACUGUUUACCACCUAAUGCCAGGGUUGUGGCCAAUAUUUCAAUUCAUGGCCAAUUGUACUGUUCAGCUGUUACAUUUUCCACAUCGAUCAAUUCCGGCUCAUUUGAAUUUCUACGUUUGACUGCUUUGAUUAUAUCUGAAAAUUGUGUUCCAAUGGCUGCUACCACUUUCUUCAGACAAGAAGACACAACUGUGGGAAUAGCAUCAGAGAUAGAUGGUGCUGACGUGUUGCUGUACUAUGACGUCGAACCGCUACUCAACACUGACAUUGUAACACUCCCCAAAAUCUGCUCUAGAGCACAGAGUCUUGAGACAUCUACAGUUCCCAAGAAUAGGCUUGCAUUUUUGCACAUGAUGGAGGGAGUCGAGUCAUUUGAUGUCUUCACUAUUCUUAACCGUCUUACUCAAAUGUCUUCAGCUAAAAAAAUGAAUUAAGUGUAAUUCAACUUGGAAAACGAUGUACUUUGUCAGAAUUUAGAAUACAAGCUUUUUUUGCUAAUUUUAUUGCAUGCUCAUUUUAUUGGAUAGUAUAAGUUCUUUGCAAUAGCUAUAGCAUGUUGGUCGAUGAUUUAGUAGUUGAUAAUUUCAA